CCCCCGCGCGCCCCCCGCGCCUAGCUUGCGGGGGGCCGGGCCUGCGGGCGGCCGGCGCUGCGCGCACCCAUGGACGGUCCGGCCAUCAUCACCCAGGUGACCAACCCCAAGGAGGACGAGGCCCGGUCGCCCGGCGCGGGCGAAAAAGCUUCCCAGCGCAGCGUCAGCUUGAAGAAACAGAGGGGCCGUAGCAUCCUCAGCUCCUUCUUCUGCUGCUUCCGAGACUACAAUGUGGAGGCCCCUCCACCCAGCAGCCCCAGUGUGCUUCCGCCACUGGUGGAGGAGAAUGGUGGGCUUCAGAAGGGUGACCAGAGGCAGGUCAUUCCCGUACCAAGCCCGCCAGCUAAAUACCUCCUUCCGGAGGUGACUGUGCUCGACCACGGGAAGAAGUGUGUGGUCAUCGACCUGGAUGAAACCCUGGUGCACAGCUCAUUCAAGCCCAUUAGUAAUGCUGAUUUCAUUGUUCCGGUUGAAAUCGAUGGAACUAUACACCAGGUGUAUGUGCUGAAGCGCCCACAUGUGGACGAGUUCCUCCAGAGGAUGGGGCAGCUCUUUGAGUGUGUACUUUUUACUGCCAGUUUGGCUAAGUACGCAGACCCUGUGGCUGACCUCCUGGACCGCUGGGGCGUGUUCCGGGCCCGACUCUUCAGAGAAUCCUGUGUUUUCCAUCGUGGGAACUACGUGAAGGACCUGAGUCGCCUGGGACGGGAGCUGAGCAAAGUGAUCAUCGUGGACAAUUCUCCUGCCUCCUACAUCUUCCAUCCAGAGAAUGCAGUGCCUGUUCAGUCCUGGUUCGAUGACAUGGCGGACACAGAGCUGCUGGACCUCAUCCCGUUCUUCGAGGGCCUGAGCAGGGAGGACGAUGUAUACAGCAUGCUGCACAGACUGUGCAGCAGGUAGCCCCAGCCUCGGCCCGUCCCCACCGUGCACUCUGGAGGCCCUGGCUCAGGGGACCCUCCUGACCUCAGCUCCCUGAGGGGAGCCUGAGAAGACUCCAUGCUCUGGGCCACAGGGUGAAUGUCGCCAUGCCUACCUGUUUUGGUUUUUUUUUUAAGAACAGAAACAACUAUUUUAAAGAAAAAAAAAACACUUUUAAUAGAUUUCAUAAAAGGACAUGCAUUUUACCAGAUUCGAUUUUCUUAAAACAUACCAAAAAGAAAAAAGAAAAAAAAAACAACCUUGGUAUCUUCCAGAUGUCCUUUCAGCUGUCCUCCCCCCCAAGAGACAGUCUGUCCCCUUUGCCCAAGUUUGGAGCAGCUGACCCAACUCAGAAUCUCUUUCCUACAGGAUGAAGUGCCUUUUUGAAUGUUAUUUUAAGCUGAGAGUUAAUUUUUGUAUACAACCUCUUUCCAGACAUCUUUUAGUCUUUUACUGUCUCAGACACUCUAAGACAACAAACAGGACCAUUUUAUAGAACCUGGUAGCCUGUGUGGCAGGGUGAGGGUAUGGCCAGGAGAAAGCGGGUCACAGGCCCCUGCCUCCCAACAGCUGCGGCUGACCGCCUGUGGCGUUCUCGGGCUCCAGCUCCCUCGGACAGGAUUUUUUUCAUGCCUUGUCAUUGCCCCCACUCAUUUCUGGCCAGUCUGGAAUGUACCUGCCAAUGGCCCAAUGCUUUAUGAAACAACCGAUUCCUUUUAUCAUGAUCUCUGAUGUUGAUAAAAUUUGUCUUGAAUUUCCCCCUUGAACAGUGACAGUACGUCACAUCUGCUUUCCCACGACUGUCACAUCUGUCCCUUGCUGUUUUUCUGUUGUUAUUGGUUUGAGGAGAAUCGUUACAGAAAACCCAAAACCCUUGGAUGGUUAAGUCUUUCCUUUCAAAGGCUGGGUACACGUGGAGCUGUUUGGGACUUUGCUGCUACUGUGCUGCCACCAAAUGGAACUGACCAGCGGCUGUCACACUGUUCUUUGCCACUGUGCCUAUGCUCAGAAUACGCUCACCGCUCAACUGCAGACUUGGACAGGGUCAGAAGCAGGUGUCCCGCCCCAUCCAGCAUGGCCCCAACUAUCUCCCUUCCUUGGCCCUGGCCACCAAUAAUGCUCAAGGGCACAAAGAUUCAAAACAACACAAAACAAAAGCAAGGGCCAGAGCACCGCUCAGGUGUGGCGUCCGCCUCACACUGCAGUCAACAUCAGAGCCCACGGUAGAGCUCUUCGGUCUCGCUUGAGAACCUGUGGCCUCAACCAGCUGCCAACGGACGUGGCCCAAGUCCAUCUCAGCCUCUUGGGAAGCACAGCCUCUUCGAGCCAAGGGUUGGAGAAGCCUGUCUAAAUGGGAGAAGGGCUCCUCCCUGGAGCCCGGGGGUCUCUCUCGGCCCGGCCGUCGUUCCCAGUUUGGUGUUUAGCCGUGCUGCGUCGCGCUGCUCCCUCGUCUGAGGAAUGAAAAGAGCCCUUUCUGUUGGCGCUCUUGCCUUAGUCCUCUGUGGGUUGGGCCUCAGCCAGAUUUCUGCUGGGAGUUGCUGGUACUAACAAGACUCAAAAUCAGGGGUCAAACUUCAAAAAAAAAAUUUUUUUUUCCUUUUACAAAAUAAUGAAGCCAGCUACCUGGCCUAUCUUCCCACAGUGCUUUGGUCUGGGAAACCACUGUGCAUUCAGAACAGAAAUACAUAGGGGUCAUCAGAUCUCCUGACUUUCUGAGUGUUCCAAACCCAGUAAUCCCUGUGCCAAUUACAAUAGAAACUGCCCCCUUGCUAAGCAUCACCACAGAUAACAGUUCCGUGGCAGAUCCGCACAUGCCAUAAACCCUCAUGGAAACUAGUCGUUAACCGAUCCCGCUGCCUUAAGUGUCUUGAGUGUCACGGUGUCUGCCGUGGGUUGAUUUCCACACAGAACAAGGCCUGGGUAGGAACCUCAGAUCGUCACCUGUGCCUCUUGCUGUGUUGUUGGUCUCACGGGCCUUAUUUGGAAAGGGGGGCAGAGUGGACUGAAAUUCCAGAAUAUUUCAGGAGAAACGAGCCUGGAAACAGUGCUGUGCUUCAGACAGGUUCAAGGCCAGCCUUGGCCUUAGCAUUCUGGAGCUGCGUGUGCACUCAGGACCCAGCUUCCGGUGGCGAACCCUGUUCUUGCCACCACAAACAUGGAAUGUCUCUGGUGGGCGGCAGGGCCUCUGAGGGUUCUGAAAUCCGCACCUUAUUGGACCAAGCUCCGAAAUGCCAAUUUUUCUUUCUUUAAAAAAAAAAAAUCUGCUUUAUGUACAUAAUUGAAAAAAAUCUAUAUUUUUUAAUCAGUUACUUGUAAAUGAAGCAAUAGAAUUCUAACAAGGCCAAGAAAGGAGAUGAAUGUGUGAGGUUUAUUUUCUUAAGGUAAAUACGGGUAUUGCUUUUAAUUGUUAGUUUAUUAAAGUGUGGGCUUGAAAACUUACCAGCCACUUCUGUGUGCCAUAUCUUUCCCACAUUACCAAAACACUCCAUCUCCUUAGCCAAAAGAAACGUCUGACCUCCCGGGUUCAUGGUCCUCUCAGCUCCAGGUUAGGACCCCUCUCCUAGACAAGUGCUUUUGACAUGAAGUUCUGGGGCAGGACGGCUUGGGAUUGUGAACUCCAGCCUACACCUUUUGCAUGACCUCAAGUGGGGGCUUCCUGGGUGCCCCUGACCCCUGAUGAUGUUAGUGCUCUCUCUUCCAUUUGUUCUGGAAUCCUCCAUGUUGGUCUGUGGUUUCAUGCACUAGCUGUUUGUAAACAAUGCAUUUGUAUCCUAAUAACACUGCCUGUCACCCAUGGCAGUUGGUGGGGAUUCCUUUGACACGGUGCAAUGUUGAUGAGAUGACUUUGGGGACAUGAGGAUGUCCACAUGACACUAACUUGUCAUGGUUACAGCAUUUGAAGUUGGGGUACGAAAUGAAACCUGUAAGUGUGUAUAGCCUGGCAGCGUUCUACAACCCUGUAUUUUGACCGAUGGCUUCCUAAUAAAAUCCAGAAACACACAGCCCUUUUGGUCAAACACUCGUGACGUUUGUGCCUCUGCUUCUAAUGGUGCUGUGCUGGACAGCUGGCAUGCCAGGGCUCGAGAAGAGCGGAGGGUUCCCUGCACAGACUUGCUGGCUGCCUCUGCUCCUGCUCUACUGUAAAUCUGACCAUGUCCAUCCCUCGAGCUGCCCUGAAGAUGGAUACCCCAGCGGUGGUGUCGGUGUCUGGGGAGUUACGGUUUUCUGCUGGAUAUUUGAAUGUGACGAUCCAGCGCUGCUUAUGUGGAGUGUGCACGAUUCUGGGGGCAAGUAUUGUCAAUCAGUAAUUCCCUCCUGCCGGAAAUAAACUCGUGAAACUGCA